AUGGUCUUAGACAACGCACAGCUGAGCGUGGACAAUGGCACCAUGACAAAGAGCUUGGUGGAGAUCAAUCCUGAUGCCAACAUUGCAGCUCCACCAGUAGAACCAAAGACAGAAGCACCUGAGCAGCCGGACCCCUCCAAGAUAGAGGUGGUCUCGGUGACAGAGGAAGACCUCCCUACCAUUGAGACCCCCAACACGCUGAAUGUCAGCCCCCUGGGCAGCUUCACCACUGAGGCCCAACCAGAGAACGAAUCUGCCAAAACUGAAGAGACCAAACCCCCAACAGCACCCAGCCCGAGCAUGCCAAUCACCAAGGUGCAACCCUUCAUGAGCGAAGAAGACUUGGAGAAAAGCUGGAAGAGCAGACUGCUGGCCCAUCGCUUGGAGCUGCUCAUCUUUUCCUGCACCAUCUUGGCCGUCGUCCUCAUUCUGGGCAUCGGUCUCGGAGUGGGUCUGAGCUGUGUGGGGAAGUUUCGUUGUGGCUCUUCGUCUCAGUGUAUCAGUGCCUCGGCUCAGUGUGACGGAGAGAUUCACUGUGACAACGGAGACGAUGAGCUCGGCUGUGUGCGUCUGAGUGGGGGGAGCUCGGUCCUGCAGGUUCAGAGAGGGGGGGUCUGGAGGACGGUCUGCUCAGAGGGCUGGAACAACCAGCUGGGGCUCUCUGCCUGCAGACAGCUUGGAUACUCCAGAUACGUGGAGUCGUUCUUCGUCUCUCUGGCUUCCAUCGAACAUGACCUUCAGUUACCUCUUGUGUCCAUAAACAUGAGCCAAUCAGAGAUCAUCAAGCUGCAGAAUGCCACAGCUCUCAGUAAAACUCAGUGCAGCUCGGGAAAGGUGACCACUCUGAAAUGUCUCGAGUGUGGCUCUCGUCCUCAGUACACCACUCGUAUCGUUGGGGGAAACAUCUCAAGCCGGGGUCAGUUCCCCUGGCAGGUGAGUCUGCACUUCAGCAGUGAGCACCUGUGUGGAGGCUCCAUCAUCACAUCACGCUGGAUCAUCACUGCUGCUCACUGUGUGUACGGGUUUGCAGACCCAUCCAUGUGGGCAGUUCACGUUGGUCUGACGGCACAGCCGCAGAACGCAGCUCAGUCCCUGUCUGUGGAGCAGAUCAUCUACCACGCACGCUAUAGACCCAAAGGACUGGACUACGACAUCGCACUCAUGAAACUGUCCACGCCUCUGGUUUUUAAUGGCCUUGUGGAGCCAAUCUGUCUGCCCAACCACGGAGAGGAGUUUGAGGAGGGGACCAUGUGCUGGAUCUCUGGAUGGGGGUCGACGAAGGAGGAAGGAGAGACCAGUAUGGAUCUGCAUUCAGCCAUGGUGCCGCUCCUCUCCACUAAAACCUGCAACCAGCUGGAGGAUUAUGAGGGUCUGAUCUCCUCCUGGAUGAUCUGUGCGGGAUACUUAGAGGGAGGAAUAGACUCCUGCCAGGGUGACAGUGGGGGUCCUUUGGCCUGCGAGCACUCGUCUGUUUGGAAGCUGGUCGGAGCCACUAGCUGGGGAAUCGGCUGUGCGAUGAGGAAUAAACCAGGAGUUUACACUCGUAUUACACGUUCACUAAGCUGGAUCAGACAGCAGAUGGAGAGAGGAGAAUCUCACAGUCCUGCUACUCUGAGCACAGCCAACUGAACCAACCCACCCUGGACACUGAUGGGAAUUUUUUAA